GCGAUCAAACCGUACGGAUGGCUUCGUGUUUGGUGAAGUUUUCUUGCCUGCUGCUGCUGAUGGCCUUGAUGGCCUUCGGUGUGGAUAGCCGUGCACCGUCUUCGCCGUCGGAAGGUAAUGACGUUGUGCGACAUUUAUGUCGAUCGUGGCCACGAGCAAUUGUCACGAGUGGCAAGAAGUCCGCAGCAACCUCAAAGUUUCCCGAAUUUCCCGCCGCCUCAGUUCCCGUUCGGGAAUCCCGAGAUCGUAUCACAAGACACGCAGCGCGACAAGAAUGGGUUCGCGCAGACCACGAUCUACAAGUAUCCGAAUGGUAUGGGAUCGUCAUCGGUGUCCACCAGCUAUUCGGGAUCGUCUAAGAUGACCAGCACUGCUAGUGGGGCGCUGCUACUGGGUGCUGCCAUCGCCGUGUGCGGGAAGCUACUACAUUGAGUGAGCGAGUGAGCGAGGUGUUUGAUGUUGAGAGUUUAACGCCAACAGAAUUUUACACUAUCAGCGGUGGUUCAGUAUUCCCACGAGCGAUAAAAGGGCAAUGUUGCGAUUUUUUCGUAACAAAGUAAUUUAGCCUGGAAUUAACUUGUCCCGUCUGGAGGUUUUUUUGAUAUUUUUGCAUUCUCGUUCGAUGGUUUUGGAAUAAAACAAAAUAUUUUAAUAAAAC